UGCACGGCGCCUCAGUGUUCGUUGCGACUCCGUGCUAGUGGGACGCGUUCCCGCGGUGUCUGGCUACUUCGUGAUCGCGUCGUGACCAGAAACGCGUACGCGAGGUGCGAGAACGCCCCAAGUAACCGUUUUCGUAACUAUUCCGCGUGUACCCGGUGAAAAUUACCGACCCGUGUUUAGACGUUUUCCCGUACGAUUGUGUGCAACGCCGUCCACGAGAUCAGGAAGGAAGAAGGGGGAGCAAGAAGUGCCGCGGCAGAGACUGGAGAAAGGAAAGACGAAAGGAUUAUAAGACUAUAUUCGAGCAACAUGGCCACUGCGAUCGACGACCGGCAGGAGUUGUUGGAGCAGUUUCAGGCGAUCGACGAGAAUGGGGACGGCUUCAUCAACCUCACGGAGCUUCGGAGCGCCCUGGACAUAUGCGGGUUCAAGAUGCCCGGAUACAAGGUGCGCCGGAUGAUCGAGGAGUACGACGACAAACAGAGGUCCGAGCACAAGGGACGGCUGUCCUUCGAGGAGUUCGAGAAGCUCUGCAAAGAGCUGAAAGCCAACGAGUUGGGGGCCACGUUCAAGCAGGUCGUGUCCAAGAAGGAGAAUCUAGAAACGUUAGGAGGUAUUUCGGAAGCUUCCAGCGAAGGUACCACGCAUUCGGUUCGAUUGGAGGAACAGUUGGCUUUCAGCGACUGGAUCAACACAAAUUUGUCCCAUGAUCCUGAUUUGAAGCACUUGCUGCCCAUCGAUCCCGAGGGCAAGGCUCUGUACGAGAAGGUCAAGGACGGAAUUCUACUCUGUAAAAUAAUAAACCACUCUUGCCCGGACACGAUCGACGAGCGAACGAUCAACAAGAAGAAUCUAACCCUCUACAAGAAGCACGAGAACCUGACCCUAGCCUUGUCAUCAGCUCAAGCGAUCGGUUGCAACAUCGUGAACAUCGACGCUCACGAUCUAACGAAAGGUUCUCCCCACCUCGUCCUUGGCCUGCUAUGGCAGAUCAUCAGGAUCGGUCUGUUCAACCAAAUCACCCUGGAGAAUUGUCCAGGCCUUGCCACUCUGCUCCAAGACGGAGAGCGUAUCGAGGACCUAUUGAAACUCUCUCCAGAGUCGAUACUUCUGCGAUGGGUGAACCACCAUCUGGAGAACGCCGGAAUCGCGAGACGGUGCAACAACUUCCAAUCUGACAUCACCGACUCCGAGAUCUACACUUAUCUCAUCAAGCAAAUCGCCCCUCACACCGCCGGAGUCACUCUGGAGGCGUUGAUGGAGCCCAACCACACCUCGCGAGCGGAGAUCAUGCUCCAGCAGGCGGCCAAGUUAGGCUGUCGCAGCUUCGUAACCCCCAGCGACGUGGUGAACGGCAUAUACAAGCUGAAUCUUGCGUUCGUCGCCAACAUGUUCAACAAUUACCCAGGCCUUGACAAACCAGAGAGCAAUAUCGAAGGUUUGGAGUCCCUGGAGGAGACCAGGGAGGAGAAGACCUAUAGAAACUGGAUGAACUCGAUGGGCGUGAUGCCUCACGUGAAUUGGCUCUAUUCGGACUUGGCCGACGGUCUGGUAAUCUUCCAGCUCUACGACAUCAUCAAGCCAGGCACCGUGAACUGGAACAGGGUGCACAAGAAGUUCACCAAGCUGAGGAAAUUCAUGGAGAAGCUGGAGAAUUGCAAUUACGCGGUGGAACUCGGCAAAACGAUGAACUUCUCGCUGGUUGGUAUCGCCGGCCAGGAUCUGAACGAUGGAAACGCGACGCUGACGUUGGCGUUGAUCUGGCAACUGAUGAGGUCGUACACCUUGUCGAUUCUUACGUCUCUGGCAGGCACCCAGGGCAACACUCUGGUGGAGAAGGAGAUCGUGCAGUGGGUGAACUCGAAGUUGCAGGGCGCAGGGAAGACGAGCAGCAUCAAGGGCUUUCAGGAUUCAUCGAUAUCGGACGGGAGGGUGGUGCUCGAUCUGAUCGACGCCAUCAAACCGGGCACGGUCAAUUACGAGCUCGUCAAGGAAGGUGGCAACGAGGAGAACCUGGACAACGCGAAGUACGCGAUAUCCUUGGCCCGGAAAUGCGGAGCGCGCGUUUACGCGCUGCCGGAGGACAUCACCGAGGUGAAACCGAAGAUGGUGAUGACGGUGUUCGCAUGCCUGAUGGCGAUGGAUUACGUCCCCAACAUGGACUCCGUGAAGCAACAGAACAACGUGAACAACGGUCAAUAAUGUCGCGCGAACGCGUUAAACGCGCGCUGUGCGCGAGAACUGUCGACUGGGUCGCGGUUGCCGCGGCACACCGUGUCUCUUCUGCGAACGUAAUAAUUGUAUAUACCUAGGUUAGGGUAGCUUGUUUUCCAAAAUGAAAUCAGGUAGGGCGAGAACGAAGGAAAGAAACGAAGACAUCGUUCAGCGAAUCGCAGCUAACGAUGGUUUAAUCGCAGAGAUUAUAUAGAUAGAGCGAAGAUAGACCCUCUUUAAGUCAAAUGUAAAAUUCGAAGAUAGAGAGGACAAAUCAGGAGAGAUAUUCCGUUUUUGUCUAAGCUUCCGCGUGCAUCAGGGUUUUAAGACUUGGUCGGGAGAAGCCAUGGAAAUUG